AUGGCAGUGGCACCUGUUUGUGAAUUAUACCAGAGGGAAUUAGACGAGGCCGUAGCAACUCUUCGGCGUCGUGGACUCAUCUCCGAUCAGAACUCUCGCAGCACCCGUUCCAGAAUCAGGAGUUCACGACGUCAAGCUGAAGAAAGAUCGCAGAGCUUUAUUGAAACUAUGCAGGAAACAAGCCAUAUCCGAACACCACACAAAGCCGUGAUCGAAGUACUUACGUGGGGUGCUGUGUUGACCUUCCUUUCUCAUAUUGGUUCAAGUUUCGGAUCUCAUGUAGCGAGUCCUUUUCUGCAAACAAUAUUUGACAAGUCUGGAGCAGCUAUAUUUGCAUAUAUUAUACUGCCUAUACUCACUAAAAUGACAAUUAGAAGACACAAGCGCAGAGGUAUUGAUGACAGCACAAUUCGGUUCAUGCUGCUUAUGUCGUCCUUAAUGCAAGGUGUCGUGUCCGGCUACGUGAUCGACAGUACAUAUCUCAGUGGCGAACCACUUGCUUUUGUCACCCCACUCGCGAUCGCUCUUGCUUAUGCGGGUGAAGUGAAGUCAGUGUACACAAGUCGUCUCUCACUACUGACGGCCUGCAUGGCAACAUCGUUAUUCGCAAAUCUCGCUAUUGGGCAACUAAUGGAUGCCGUAACGAAGACCUAUGAGAUCAUGGCGAUUAUCUAUAGCGCUGCGGGAAUGGCCACCAUGCAGUUGGUUUUCAAAAAUGUCAAAAAAUCGGGUACUGGACAUUAUGAACAAUUCUUUCUCCUCCAAUCUUUUACAUACAUAAGGGGACUAGCCUUCUUGAUUUGUGGAUACUAUAGGGCGGAUCUGACCUACACACGACCAUGGUAG